AAAAAGAAAAAAAAACGAAAAUUCCUUUCCUCAUUGGGAAGUUCAGUGCCUCAUUCUCUCCGUCCCUGUUAACUUGCCUGGAAAAUUUAAUAACAGAAAAACCGAUGCAGCCUCCACACUUCACUCACUGUCAAAACCAAAUGGUGUGAAAUGGCAGUGGCUUCCAAUUCCUCAACCCAGAAGAAGCGUUACACUGCCACCACUCUCCUCUUCAUCACCCUGUUCCUCUUCACCAUCUACCUCUUCAGCAAACGAGCUCUUGAGCCUUCUCUCUCUCUCUACAAAAAUCCCUUUCCCCAAAUCCCCUCUUCUUCUUCUUCUUCUUCUUCUUCCUCGCUUCCAAAUUCCAACCUCUCCUUGCCCAACUCCACAUCUACAGAAAGAGUAGCAGUGGACACACCUUCUUCAGGCAGUAAUUACCAACCGCCCUUGCUUUAUUCUAUCUCUGCACAGCCAUUGGACCCACCAACCCAACAACCCGUUUCAUCCAAUUCACAAACUGAAGAGCCAACGGAGUUCAAUGAUGAAACUGAGCAAGACCCAGGUCGUGAAAAUGAAAACCCAUUUGGUGAAAUGGGUGAAAUUGGGUGUGAUUUGUAUCUGGGGACUUGGGUGAAAGAUGAGCGUUACCCGCUUUAUAAACCCAGUUCUUGCCCUUAUGUUGAUGAAGCUUUUGAUUGCCAAAGCAAUGGGAGGAGUGACUCUGAGUAUCUCAAAUGGCGGUGGAAGCCUGAGGGCUGUGAUCUUCCAAGGUUUAAUGCAUCAGACUUCUUGGUGAGACUACGUGGUAAAAGAUUGAUGCUGGUAGGAGAUUCCAUGAACCGGAACCAGUUUGAGUCAAUCCUUUGCCUCCUCCGCGAAGGCUUGCAUAAUAAGAGCAGAAUGCAUGAAAUUCACGGCCACAAAAUAACUAAGGGAAGAGGCUACUAUGUUUUCAAAUUCGAGGACUAUGACUGUACAGUGGAAUUUGUGAGGUCGCAUUUCCUCGUAAAGGAAGGAGUCCGCAUUAAUGCUCAAGGGAGUUCAAAUCCAACUCUUUCGAUAGAUCAAAUUGAUAAGACAGCUAAACGUUGGAAAAGAGCUGACAUUCUUGUCUUUAAUACUGGCCAUUGGUGGAGUCAUGGAAAGACUGCUCGUGGGAAAAACUACUAUAAAGAGGGAGAUUAUCUUUAUCCAAAGUUUGAUGCAUCUGAGGCCUAUAGAAGGGCUCUGAGGACCUGGGCUAGCUGGAUUGAUCGUAAUGUUAAUCCAUCAAAGCAGUUGAUCUUCUAUCGUGGGUACUCUUCUGCCCAUUUCAGAGGAGGAGAUUGGGAUUCAGGUGGAUCAUGCAAUGGGGAAAAAGAACCAGUCUUAAGUGGGGCCAUACUUGAUAACUAUCCUUUGAAAAUGAAGAUAGUGGAUGAAGUAAUCAAAGAAAUGCGGGUUCCUGUGAAACUUUUGAAUGUGACAAGGUUGACCAAUUUCCGCAAGGAUGGCCAUCCAUCAAUCUACGGAAAGAAUGCAACUGCUGGCAAAAAAGUUUCCACAAGGAAGCAAGACUGUAGCCAUUGGUGCCUUCCUGGGGUCCCUGAUGCCUGGAAUGAGCUUAUCUAUGCCACCUUGAUUAUUCAGCAGACCAAAUCAAAGAGUAAAAAUUCAUAGCCUUUUCCCAGUUUACCACUGAGCACUUACUAAUGACAAUAUGGACAUAGGAUAUCUGAAUUCUCUUUACAUGACCAAGGAGCUGUUAAACCUCCUGGCGGAACUCACCCUUACAAAACCGGCUUAUAAGAAAAGGGUGUCCGGGUGUUUAUGGAUGAGUGAUUAUGUUAACACUCCGCUGGGCGCUCGGUUUUAGGCCAACCCAUGUUUAAGAUACGCCUGCUCUGCUCUGGCGCCAUGUUAAACUUGUAAGAAGUACCAUUAUCGAAAAUCCGCAUACAAGGAAAGAGUGCUCAUGGUGAGAUUGUGCUAACAAAAGCUUGUGAUCAUCUUAAGUCGUGCACCUUUUUAUUUUCUAUUUAUUAUUUUUUUGCUCUCUUUUAUUUUUCCGUUUAUUUUGGGUCAAAGAAUAGAUGCUCCAUAAUGAGUAAUUUUAUAAUGAUUGCCAAUGAGUUGAGGUAUUUCUAGGUCUUCAUUCUUCACUUCUGCCGUCUUGUGGUGACUUCUGUUUUUCUUCUUUCUUUGGUAGGCCCCCGUCAUAUCUUAACAAUAUUUCCAAUGCAACUCUGCAUUUGCUUGGACCAUCAUAAGGAGAUUCUUCAACGCUU